ACGUCACAGCGCAAUGGCGGCGGCUCCUUCAGGCGGCUGAAGGGGGACUUAGGCCCGGAAGAUCCGAGUCCAUCCGCGGCGGGGAGAGGGCGAGCGGGGCCGGCGGCGGCCGGAGCAGGGGCGGCGGCGCUCGGACUGUCCUCUCCGCCCCGUAUUGAGGCGCUGGGAGCGGCGGGCGGCCGGAAAGCGAUGGUGAAAGCGGGGCCGUGAGGGCGGAGCCGGAGCCGACCCGCAGCGGCGCCGCCUCCGGAGCGCAGACCCAGGAAGCGGCCGGGCGGGCACGGGCAGCGGGCGGCCGCCAUGGAGCUGAGGGUCGGGAACCGGUACCGGCUGGGCCGCAAGAUCGGCAGCGGCUCCUUCGGAGACAUCUAUCUCGGCACGGACAUCGCUGCAGGAGAGGAAGUGGCCAUCAAACUGGAGUGUGUCAAAACCAAGCACCCGCAGCUGCACAUUGAGAGCAAGAUCUACAAGAUGAUGCAGGGUGGAGUGGGCAUCCCCACAAUCAGGUGGUGCGGCGCUGAGGGUGACUACAACGUCAUGGUCAUGGAACUGCUGGGGCCCAGCCUGGAGGACCUCUUCAACUUCUGCUCCAGAAAGUUCAGCCUUAAGACCGUCCUGCUGCUGGCUGACCAGAUGAUCAGCCGCAUUGAGUACAUCCACUCCAAGAACUUCAUCCACCGAGAUGUGAAGCCUGACAACUUCCUCAUGGGGCUGGGCAAGAAGGGCAACCUGGUCUACAUCAUUGACUUUGGAUUGGCCAAGAAGUACCGGGACGCCCGGACCCACCAGCACAUCCCCUACCGCGAAAACAAGAACCUCACCGGCACCGCGCGGUACGCCUCCAUCAACACCCACCUUGGCAUCGAACAAUCUCGGAGGGAUGACUUGGAGUCCCUGGGCUACGUGCUCAUGUACUUCAACCUGGGCUCUCUGCCCUGGCAGGGGCUGAAGGCGGCCACCAAGAGACAGAAGUACGAGCGGAUCAGCGAGAAGAAGAUGUCCACGCCCAUCGAAGUGCUGUGCAAAGGCUACCCCUCGGAGUUUGCCACCUACCUGAACUUCUGCCGCUCCCUGCGCUUUGACGACAAGCCCGACUACUCGUACCUACGGCAGCUCUUCCGGAACCUCUUCCACCGCCAGGGCUUCUCCUACGACUACGUGUUCGACUGGAACAUGCUCAAGUUUGGUGCGAGCCGGGCUGCCGACGAUGCGGAGCGGGAACGCCGGGACCGAGAGGAACGUCUGAGACACUCGCGUAACCCAGCCACCCGCGGCCUGCCUUCCACGGCCUCUGGCCGCCUGCGGGGGACCCAGGAGGUGGCGCCUCCAACUCCCCUCACCCCUACCUCACACACGGCCAACACCUCUCCACGGCCUGUCUCCGGCAUGGAGCGAGAGCGGAAAGUGAGCAUGCGGCUGCACCGCGGCGCCCCGGUCAACAUCUCCUCCUCAGACCUCACGGGCCGGCAGGACACCUCGCGCAUGUCCACCUCACAGAAUAGCAUUCCUUUCGAACACCACGGCAAGUAGCUGCUCGGCUCCCAUCGGAAGGCAGCACUGGAUCCCCGGUCGGGUGGCAUCCAGUGGUCUGCAGUCUGUCGUGCACCGAUGAGAAGGCUCCUUGUUGCUGUGAAGGGCAGACUGUGCAUGGCUGAUGUCCUCUGUUACCAUGGCUGUACUCUGACACGCCCCCGGUCUCGACCGAGGCUGGCACCGGGAGCUCUCCAGGCCACUCACCCAGCCACGCUUGUGGGGGGCACAGAACAGACUAAAUGGACAGACUCCAAGGGCCACUCGCCUGGGCCGUGGCAGGCCUCAUGGACUGUUACCACAGGGGACCCUGGUGCCAUCAGACGUCUCUGAGCCGCCUGGCCCCCCACGGCAACCACCGGUCUUCUACUUGGUUAAGACAGUUUUGUAUCAUUUUGCUAAAAAUUAUUGGCUUCAA